CUGGCUCGCUACGCUUUAAUUUAAACAUUUGUCGCUAAUCCCAUUCGAUACCCCGACUGGUAGCUUCUUCCGGUCGAAAGCUAAUAAUUACCGACUCCUGAAUGUAGUGCGAACGGGGUUGAAGCUCGAGACGGUGCCGAGGGGGUGCGUUUCUUCCAUUGUCGCGUCUGUCAGUGUCUCGUCGGGGGAGGAAAGUUGGAUAGCUGUAAUUGAAAUUAAACCGUGCUAGUUUAGAAUUCUGCUGUGAAUUAAUGUCCCUGCUUUCUAUUGUGUAUCGUUGCUUAAUUAUUUAUUUUUAAUUGACAGUAUAUGGUUUCUAUUUCUUUCCGUCUUGUUAUAUCGUAUCGUAUUAUUCGACGAAAGAUAAAUGAAACCAAGCCACGUCCAAUAAUUAAUAUUCAAUUUUAUGGGCCCUUUUGAACUCCCUUGGAUAAGUUCAGAGAGAACUUAGCACCUUGAUGAAAUAUGCGAUGCAAUUACUCGGGCCUAUUAUUCGGUUUCUGAAAUCUGUAAGCAGAGGUUCAAGUAAAUUUAGAAUUUAUAGCUUAAUCUCAACUUCAUAAUGGCUUCAGGAAACUUUUCGCGAAGCCAUGCUAGAAGUAUGCUCCCUCUUCCAUUAGAUCGUACUAUUUUAUUUCAAUUAAUAGAACGCGUUUCAGUGAAUUGUAGAAUGGGAGAGGUGUACACUAAUUAUGGUAUAAGGUAAGACACAGCGUAAGAAGUUUGGCAAAACGAUGACAAAGGGUGAAAAGUGAAUGGAACGUGUAAAACCUGCUCGUAAUUAAGCUGUUGCCCUUGGGCUUAAGCUCCUUAGAGGUUUUCCGAGGCAAUGAAAUUUCCGCAUACCCGUCAACGUCUAAUGAGGGGAUUGCGGAUGAAGUUUCAGACCAGGAAGGAGCAAUUAGGCGAGCAACUGUGUUUGCUCCAGGUCUGAGAAGCCUCUAAACAAUAGCACUCUGUGAUCUUCAAUCGUCAACUACUAGACAAGAUUUUGAGGUCCAAGUAAAAUAUUUUGAAAAAUAUAGCGAAUAAUAAUGAAUCUUGGAGCUCUUCCCAAAACUUCAUAAAGAUCUCUCAAUGAACAUUCCAAAAUACAUCUUCUCAAUCUCUGUAUAACUUCAAUUGCAUCUCUUUUGAUAAUCGAAAUACUAAAACAUCAAAACCUUGAAGUAAAACAGAAGUAUCCAGUUGGAAUGAUCGUGGACCAAGUGAAUUCAUCAGGAGCGCGUUGGUGUCUCAAUCGGUGCCGUCGCAAGAAAGAUCGCCAGGACAAAAUUAAACGACCUCAUCAUCAUUAGAACGCAACCACCUAAUUACCGGAACGUCUUAGAGACGUUGGAUGACAUCGUCGACGAACGCAGACAAUCGAGCCAAGGAGAACGCGCGAGACACCUCCGUUUCUUGUCGAUGUAUGGCUGCACCAACACCCACCACUCUGUAUACUAAACGCGUUUGUGAACCGGCGUGUGGAGGGGUGAGCUUGUAUCCGGGGAGAAAGCUUAUUAAUGGGGUUAGGGGAGGCGGGAGAGACGCGGAGUUGGAAACGGAAGGCCUAGAACAGUAGCAACAGCAGGGAAGAAGGAACGGAGGCCUUGAGAGCUGCUGGCUCGUGGCUGGAUGGUUCGAGGGUGGAGGGUGGAAAAAAAGUAACAGACUCCCCGCAAAUAACCCCCCACGAGGCUCGAGGUGGGCGUGUCCUGACCGCGGGGUGAUGGCAGGUUUCGACCAACCAGAUUUCACCUGGCCGCCGCGCCGACGGCUUCCUUCGUCGAACGAAAAAAUAUUGACCGCGGCGAGGGGGUAUUCUGCGGUCCAUUUGGGGGUUGCGGAGGUGAAGCAUAACGUCGGACUGAUUGCCGGCAUAGUGGCGAACGGGUGCAGAGGGGGCAGCAGGGGGGGACGGCUGUACUGCCGGGUGAAUACCCCCCUCGUCACGUACGGGAUCAUUAGCCGGAUAUCCUUAGUCCUGCUGGCCAACCCUCUCUGAUAGCGGUGAUCCUCGUGCCUGACAUCAUUAUCCUGGGACGCUGUGCAGCGCCAGCGCGGUUCCGCCAUCCUUUCAGCCCUCCGUCCUAGUACUCGUUCCAGUUCGAUUCCUCGUGUUUUGCACCUGUGAAAGCUCGCCGAGUGUCGACUCGUUUCCGUGAUGUCAGUGAGCGAGCUGUGGUUCGGUGGAACAGCUUCAUCGCGACCCCCCCAGUGACUGCUUGUAAUCGUGUCACCUCGGACGAGGGAUUCGACACUGACUCUGAUGAUGGUGCACUACUCGCGCAGUGUUUUAUUCAACGAAACAGUGAACCUUGUAUUCUGAAUUCGUGUUCCUCGAUCAUAGACAUUGAAUUUUCCUGAAGUGAGAAACUGUUUCACGUAGAAUCGCGCUGGACCGCUAUGGAACCGAGCGAUCCGUCGGGACGACUGGCCAUGGAGGAGCUGUCGGACUGCAGGAGCGAGAGUAGCCACUCGGAAACUCAAUUAAGAGCAUUUCAAGACUACGAACGUAUCAAAGAGUUGAAUCUAUCCGUGGAUAAAUGCAAAGAGGAUCCUCAGCUGGAACCGAAGGAUUUCCAUCUUCGAUUAGAACCUGGCAGGACCUCCAUCCGUUUCGAAGAGUUCGAGAACGCCAACAGGAACCUACCUAUGACACUGAACAAGGGAAAGGACUUCGGCUACAUCGCCAGCACCUUGAACGAAGCGUAUCCUUUGGAUAGAUCAAACGAAAACGACGAAUCGAUGGAAGCUGCCAGUCUCUGCAGGACGAAGAACCCGACGGCCAAGGAUCUGUUGUUCAACCUUCGAGAGAACAGACACAAAAACGCUCAUGCUGCUCUGUCCUUGGACAGGUACGGCAAGGACUUGAAUUUCACCGUUUCCGAGAAGGACAUCAAGGAUUUUAGUUUGCUGAAGAAUUAUAGUCUUGAUCGGAUGAAGGAGUUCAAUCUGUCUUUGGACAGGAUGAGAGACGGUCAUAUUGGUAACUUUGCGUUGGAAAGACUUCGCGGAGGAGCUGGGUUGUUGGAGAACCCUCCGAUUUUAGAGCACAACGAGCUGAAGAAUAUUCAGAUGCAGCCUAGGAAUCAGGAUUUAGAGGCUAUCGCUCUGGAACGGAUGAGACGGUCGCAUCUUCUGGGUACCGAUCUCUCCGCACAGAAUCUGUCCACGCAAUUGUCGCAUCCGCAUUCCAUCACGCAGAUGCAACACUCGCAACAACAGCAACAACAACAGGCCAAGUCGUUCACCAUAGACGCGAUCCUUGGAUUGAGGAACAACCCCAGGGAGAAACGGAGUCAGCAACAGCAGUACAGGAAACACCAGGGUCAAGAAGGCGGCGCGAAGAACGGAGGUUCGAGCUCGUGUACCAGCGGCGGCGGGAAGCUGAAGAGGGUGCGUACCAUCUUCACAGCCGAGCAGUUGGAGCGAUUAGAAGGCGAGUUUGCUCGUCAACAGUACAUGGUGGGCCCCGAAAGACUGUACCUGGCACACGCGCUCAGGUUGACCGAGGCCCAGGUGAAGGUCUGGUUCCAGAAUCGACGAAUCAAGUGGCGGAAACAUCACCACGAGCAACAGAGCCAAAGAGUGCACGAGUUCCAGCGUACGUUGAACUCGUCGUUAGAACACGAGGACAGCAACGAGACCGACAAAUGGUGAAAAGCAACCGUGUUCCUCGAUCAAGAAGCACCAAUUCGUUUCCUCGUUUGCCCCUACGUGUUGUUUCUUUCGUUGCACGAUCCUAGAAACGAUCAUCGGCUCGAGCAAGGACUGAUCGAAGGACUAUUGAUUAGCUCGAGCAGAAUGAACGCACUCUGACCUUCCCGAAGCACCCUUUCUUCUAUUCCUUUACCUUCGUCCUUUCAUUUUCAUCAAAUCUAUCUAUAGUGGAACAUGGUGUUCGAAGAAGAGGAUUUGGGACUCGAAGGACACUGAUCUAACUGGUGAAGGAGGUUGUAGAUAUUGAUCUCGAGGUAUAAGUGAAGAUACUUUGAUAGAUUUUGAGUCAUUGCUUAAGGACUUGAUUCGCGUGACACAAUUUCAAAUCGACGACCCUGAUCUUCGAUUAAGUGCAUCGUCGAACGAUGAUGGAGUAGGAGGGAGGAGGCUAAUUGGAACAUGUAAAUUGUUGAUUAAGUGUAGCAAGGUGAACAGACGAUUAUUGGACGAUUAUUUUUUGAAUGGUGAACGACGAAAUCGCAAGGAUGAAACAGGUGGAGAAUUAUAAGUCAAAGUACAUGCCACGCUCGUUCUCUGAGACUAAGGAUUCGCCUGAUUCCUACUGGAAAUACCAGCAGAAGAGGAGUCAGUCCUUUCCAGUUGGUAGAAACAGUAGGAACCCGGAAGCUGUAGCCAGCUACUAUUCUUCUUCGACUACUUACAAACCGCAGAGGAGCCACGUGUGUUCCAGUCCGACGCACUCGAAGUGCACCUCUCUUCACAGCCCCGAACUGAUCCAUCAUGUCACGCAGGGUCACU